UGUAUGUUACUAUUUGUAACUUGACACUUGAAUCUCAAGAAAGGAACAAAAUCAUUGGACGACGAAUCCCAUAGAUGUCUUGAGUUUCAUGCACGAAAUUCUGAAAGUGAUAAAAGUAGAAAUUAAAUAAAAGUUUCAGAAACAGGUAGGUCCAAUGUUAUCCUUCAUCAGUUGGCAGCAAUAUAUAAGCGGCACCAUUUCACAGGCUUCUUCCAUCAAACACCAUACCUUCAUUGAAGAGUUUUUGAAAUGGCUCAUCCUACCUCACAGCCUGCAGAAGGAAGCAAGCAAAAACGUUCAAACCUUCUCCGUUACCUAGCGAUGGUAAUACUGGCCUUGAUCAUCCUUGUGGGUAUAGCCGUGAUCAUAGUUUGGUUGGUUUUGAAGCCUAAAAAGUUGGAGUACAGUGUGGAGAAUGCUGCAAUCCACAACUUCAACUUGACGGAUGCAAACCACCUCUAUGCAAACUUCGAUUUCACUAUAAGAUCAUACAACCCAAAUUCUAGAGUCUCCAUAUACUAUGACAGUGUCGAGGUGUCAGUGCGUUAUGAGGACCAAACUCUUGCCACCAAUGCUGUUCAGCCAUUCUUCCAGUCACAUAAAAAUGUCACCAGGCUGCACGUGGGCCUGACGGCCCAAACAGUGGCCCUGUAUGAGUCCGUGCCUAAGGACCUUAAGCUUGAGAAAUCCUCAGGGGAUAUUGAGUUAGAUGUGUUGGUGAGGGCAAGGAUAAGGUUCAAAGUUGGGUCGUGGAAAUCCAAGCAUCGAGUUUUGAGGAUAUUUUGUUCUCCUGUCUUGCUGCAUUUCUCUAAAGCCAAGAGUUUCCAAAGGGUCCCUUGUGAAGUAGAACUCUAAACAACCAAAUCCUUUUCGAUCUAUUAAUUAUGAUUUGUUUUCUACUUUUUCUGUCCUUCUUACUGCCUCAUUGCUAAUUGAUGUUAUCAUUCUUUGUCAGUGUUUUUGUAUUUUUUUUGUCUUGGCUUGUUAAUUGGUUUUGGUUUUCCUGUAUGUUGAAGAAAUGGUUAAAAAAGGGAAAAUUGGCUGUAAUUCAUCCAAUUGAUGCAAAUGUUGUAACUUGUGAGCAUUGCCUGUGUCGUCCUUCAAAGUUUAUACUAUUAUUAAUGGCGUACUGCCAGAUGAGACUUUGACCA